AUGCCUGAGGUGGACCGCGCGCUCCAAGGAGAGUCGGCAGAAAGACGACUAGUCAACACAUGGUCAAAGACACGGGUUACAGGCAAGCAUGCUCAAAAGCACAAAUUAAUUCAUGUAACUUUCCGUGCAUAUCUUUGGCCGUUUGUGAGUGCAGUGGUGCCUCGACUGUGUUUGACGGCCUUCAAGUUUUGCCAACCUUUUCUUAUCUCGGCGACACUGAACUUCAUCAGUGAUUCCUCGACAGCAGAAAACAAGUAUUACGGACCUUCCUUGGUGGGCGCGUUUGUAUUGACAUAUCUCGGAAUGGCUAUAUCGACCGCCGUCUAUUGGCGCCAGACAUUCCGUUUCAAUACCACCAUCCGAGCCGGCCUCAUCUCAUUAAUCUAUAAGCAAACGAAUAAGCUCCAAAGGGGUGAUUUCAAAUCAGAAUCAGCUAUCACGCUCAUGGGCACCGAUGUGGAACGAAUCGUCAAGCACUUUUGGAGUAUUCACGAAGCGUGGGCAGGACCUGUAGAUGUUUCCAUUGGCCUCUUUCUUCUAGCCCGGCAAUUGGGUGUGGCUUGCUUGAUUCCUGCACUCAUUUCCAUCUUUGUCGUGCUGGCGACGAUUCCGGUUUCAAAAAAGUCCGGCACGGCUCAGAAACGUUGGAUCGAGCGAGUUCAGACACGCCUGACCACAACGUCCAGCAUGUUGCACGAUAUGAAAUCUGUGAAGAUGCUUGGUCUCGGCGAAAAGCUUUAUGCUUCCGUGUCUAGCCUACGCCAGGUCGAAUUGCAAGUGUCACAAAAGUUCCGUGUCUUGCUAAUCUGGCAGAUAGCGUUAUCUAAUAUGCCCGUGUCAUUUGCACCGUUUGCUACUUUUGCCAUAUAUGCGAUUGUUCAGGCAGCCCGGGGCGGCCAGUCGAUUUUGACAAACCGCAUGUUCACUUCCCUCUCGUUAAUCUCACUGAUGACAGACCCACUGGUCAUUUUCAUUCAAACACUUCCAUCACUUUGGGAGUCCGUCUCUUGCUUUAGCCGAAUCGAGAAAUAUUGUACCAAGGCACCUAUGGACACCUCGGACGAGUCUCCAAUCGCCGGAGAGGCAGUAGAGCUGUCCUCAAACGCAUUCUCAAAUCCAUCUUUCGCCUCGGAGAUUGAGUUCCAAAAUGCCAGCUUUUCAUGGACCCAAGAUGGACCUCUUGUGCUGCAUAAUCUGAGCUUUGCGAUUCAAAGAGGAGAAAUCAUUGUGAUCAUCGGGCCCGUUGGUAGUGGUAAGAGUACACUGUUGGAAAGCUCCCUAGGUGAAACAGCAUUGAAGAAUGGGUCAAUGUCACCGUAUCCAACGAGCGUGGCGUAUUGUCCCCAGACACCAUGGAUCAUGAAUGAUACCAUUCGUCAAAACAUUCUGGGUCCAGCUACUUAUGAUCCAAAGUGGUACAAUUUUGUUAUCUGGGCUUGUGCAUUGGAAGUCGACUUGGAGAACAUUGUCGGUGGUGAUCUUUCUAAAGCCGGGAGUUCGGGUAUCACGCUGAGUGGUGGUCAGAAACAGAGGAUUUCCCUGGCUCGGGCGGUUUACUCACGAGCGCCCACGUUGGUCCUCGACGAUGUAUUCAGUGGCCUCGACACGAAGUCUAUCGCUGCCAUUUCAACUCGCCUGAUGGCACCAAAUGGACACUUCCGAGAAUCCGGAAGAACCGUCAUGCUCGCAACACACAACCAUCGCCUGCUGCCAUUUGCUGAUAAAGUUAUCGUUCUAGAGACUGGGAAGAUAUCUGCCAUUGGACCCUACGAGGAAAUUCAUUCCAAAUUGCCACAGGGCCUUCUUAGCCAUGAUAGUGAUGAUUCACCCAUUGAGCAAGCCCCAGUGGCCGGAAGCCAGGAGCCUCUACCUCAACUUACCGAGAUAAAGAGCAACGUUAAUGAAGAGGCUGUUGAGCUGAAAAAAACACGUCGAGAUGGAAAAUGGUCCGUGUAUUCGUAUUAUUUUCAAUCUGCGGGAUGGGCACUUAUGGUCUCCAUGAUCACGUCUACUGCUGUCUGCGGCUUCACAGAAAGAUUCUCAAUUGUCUGGCUCCAACAAUGGUCAAGCGCGAAUGAACAAAACCCGGACCAGCGCCCUGGAAAGUAUAUUGGGGUUUACGCGUUACUUGUUGGCAUGUCAAUAUUUUGUGUUGUCUUCUCAUGCUGGGCCCUUUUUGUUCGCAUUAUUAACAAUACCGGCCGAAAUAUGCAUUCUCACCUCCUCAAAACUACUCUGGAUGCCCCUCUUAGCUUUUUCCAGAAGACCGAUACAGGCUUGACGAUCAAUCGAUUCAGCCAGGACUUGGAGCUUAUCGACAUGGAUCUUCCAAUUCAGGCCGUUAAUACAAAUAUUUCCUUGGCGAACUGCUUUGUUCAGCUCAUUAUCCUCUGCGUCAUGGGAAAAUACCUUGCCAUAACCGUCCCCGCUCUUGGAAUCAUCCUGUUCUUUGUUCAAAGUUACUACUUGCGAACCUCUCGCCAAGUGCGAUUGCUGGAUAUCGAAGCCAAAUCUCCACUUUUCACCCACUUCAUGGAAACUAUGCAGGGAAUUACGGUCAUUAGGGCAAUGCGAUGGCAACCGCUUUUCCAAGCUCGGCUUCAGAGGCUCCUCAACCAAUCGCAAAAGCCAUUUUACAUGCUCUUCUGUAUCCAACAGUGGCUUCAAUUGGUUCUAGACUGUAUCGUGAUGGCACUUGCCGUCAUCCUUGUAUCUCUGGUGGUCUCUUUCAGGGCCCAAUUCAGUGUCGGUUCUAUUGGUGUUGCCCUCAACCUGAUUCUCGCCUUCAAUCAGGACCUCAUGCAGUUUAUCAAGUCCUGGACAGUUCUUGAAACUUCCAUUGGGGCGGUGGCACGUAUUCAGGACUUUGUGGAAAGUACUCCAUCGGAAGAGCAGCAGCAUGAGGAGACACCGCCUAUUCCAACCCAAUGGCCGGGGCGUGGGGAGUUAGUCUUCGACCGCGUCGUAGCUUCCUAUAGCCGCAAAUCUCCGCCUGUCUUGAAUGAGCUGUCUCUUGCUAUUCAGUCAGGUCAGAAAGUUGCUGUUUGUGGCCCAUCUGGUAGCGGUAAGACAUCCCUGAUCCUCGGAUUGUUACAAAUGAUCGACUUGCGGGAAGGCACCAUUACAGUCGAUGGUGUAGAUCUAUCCACUCUAGCAUGCAGUACAGUACGAUCCAGAAUCAAUGUGGUGCCUCAAGAACCCUUCUUCAUGCCUGGAACAUUGCGAUUCAAUUUGGACCGGGAUCUGGAGCAUACCCCGGUCUCCGACACACAGCUUAUCAAAGCCCUUAAUGCUGUCGGUCUAUGGAAGAAGGUCUGCGCCAAUGGUCACGGAGGCGGGGAGUUGGACCAGCCACUAUCAAUCUCAGAUUGGUCCAUGGGGGAGAGACAGCUGCUUUCAUUAGCACGAGCGUUGGUCAUGAAGAGUCCAAUCCUGGUUCUAGAUGAAGCUACAAGCAGGCAAGUUUUACCUCUCAGUCUGCAUGUGGAUUGGGAAACCGAGGCCACUAUGCAGGCUAUUAUUGAGCGGGAAUUUACUUCUCAGACAGUGAUUUCGGUCAUGCACCGACUUCGCUAUGUCGAGCAAUAUGAUCGAGUUGCUCUGAUGAAGCACGGUCGGCUCGUUGAAUAUGGUAGCCCUCAAGAGCUUCUGGCAAAGCCUUCAGAAUUCCAGACUUUUUACCAGGCGAAAGGGCACUAA